UGUAACAUGCAUGUGUGUUUACAGGAAGAGUAACUGGAGGUUUAACUGGAUAUUGAAGCCUUUAAACGAUAUUGAACUCACUUUAGAUGUAACAUAAAAGAGAACAGGCUUUCAAGAUAUCAGAUGCUCUACGGUAGGACAGGGAUGGCGGAGCUGGAGGGCCUGGAGUUUGGGAAGUCGGACUUUGUGCUGCUGGAUGAGGUCACCAUGGAGCAGUUCAUGGAUAAUCUGAAGCUGAGGUUUGAGAAGGGCCGCAUCUACACUUACAUUGGAGAAGUAGUCGUGUCCGUUAACCCGUACAGGCAGAUGGACAUUUAUGGCAAAGACACUAUUGAUGCGUACCGGGGCCGGGAGCUGUAUGAAAACCCUCCUCACCUGUAUGCAGUGUCUGAUGCUGCCUACAAGGCCAUGAAGAGACGGGCCAAAGACACCUGCAUCGUCAUAUCAGGUGAAAGUGGGGCAGGAAAAACAGAAGCUAGUAAAUACAUCAUGCAGUACAUCGCAGCCAUCACAAACCCAAACCAGAGGGUGGAGGUUGAGAGUGUGAAGAAUGUGCUUCUCAAAUCAAACUGUGUGCUGGAGGCCUUUGGGAACGCCAAAACCAAUCGCAACGACAACUCCAGCCGCUUCGGAAAGUACAUGGACAUCAACUUCAACUUCAACGGAGACCCCACUGGAGGACACAUCAACAACUACCUGCUGGAGAAGUCCAGGGUGGUCCAUCAGCAAGACGGGGAGAGGAACUUCCACUCCUUCUACCAGUUACUGCGGGGAGGCUCGGAUGAGAUGCUGGAGUCUUUUCAUCUACAAAAUGAUCCUGCUCUUUAUACGUAUACCAAAGAGGGAGCAGCUGCUGCCACCUCCAACAAUGACCGCUCAAGCCACAAAGCAGUGAUGAGUGCCCUGGAAGUGAUUGGCUUCUCAAAAGAGGAGAUUUCUUCAAUUUAUCAGGUCCUAGCUGCCAUUCUUCUGUUGGGUAAUUUGCAGUUUGAGAGCGACGGGGAGAGCGUUCAGAUUGUGGGACUGGAAGCGGUUAACCACAUCUCUGAGCUGCUAGACACUGAGGUGGACAGCGUAUGUAAGAGCCUGCUGUUCCGCACCGUGGCCACCGGGGGUGGCGAGGUCAUCGAGAAGGGACACACUGAGCAGGACGCCUGCUUCGGGUGUAGCGCUUUCGCCAAGGCUUUAUAUGAGAGACUCUUUGGCUGGAUUGUAAACCGUAUCAACAGCGUCAUUGAAGUGAAAGACUACAACCCAGUGCUUCAUGGGAAAAACACAGUCAUUGGUGUGCUGGAUAUCUACGGCUUUGAGAUCUUUGACAACAACAGUUUUGAACAGUUCUGCAUCAACUACUGCAACGAGAAGCUGCAGCAGCUAUUCAUCGAGCUGAUCCUCAGACAGGAGCAGGGAGAGUACCAGAGAGAGGGCAUCACCUGGCAACAUAUUGAUUACUUCAACAACCAGAUCAUUGUGGAUCUGGUGGAGCAGCCCCACAAAGGCAUCAUCUCCAUUCUGGACGAAGCUUGCCUCACUGUCGGUAAAGUCACCGACACGGUCUGCCUGGAGAGCAUGGACACAAAGCUGGCCCAGCACCCCCACUACACCUCCCGCAAGCUCAGCCCUACGGACAAAACCAUGGACUUUCAGAAACAGUUCCGUAUUCGCCACUAUGCCGGAGACGUCACAUAUUCCGUCGAGGGCUUUUUGGACAAAAAUAAGGACCUGCUUUUCCAAGAUUUCAAGCGUCUCAUAUACAACAGUGCCAACCCAGUCCUGAAGGAGAUGUGGCCAGAUGGUCAGCUGAGCAUCACAGAGGUCACAAAGCGACCUCUGACUGCAGCCACCCUUUUCAAGAACUCCAUUGUGGCUUUGGUGGAUAAACUGGGCUGCAAGGAGCCUUACUAUGUGCGGUGCAUCAAGCCCAACGAGAUGAAGUCUCCGGUGCUGUUUGACGACGCUCGCUGCCAGCACCAGGUGGCCUACCUGGGACUGAUUGAGAAUGUGAUGGUGCGCAGAGCAGGCUUCGCCUACAGGCAACAUUACGCUCGCGUCCUGCAGCGGUAUAAAAUGACGUGCGAGUACACCUGGCCGAACCACCUGAUGGCGACGGACAGAGAGGCGGUGGAGGCCAUCGUCACCCAGCACGGUUUCCAGGACGACGUGGCGUACGGACACACCAAGCUGUUUGUGCGGUCGCCGCGCUCUCUCUACUCUCUGGAGCAGGAGAGAGCUGCCCUCAUCCCCAUCCUGGUGCUUUUCCUGCAGAAGGUGUGGCGUGGGGCUCUGGCUCGUAUGAGGUGCCGACGAAUGAGGGCCAUCUACGCCAUCAUGGGCUGCUUUAAGCGCUACAAGGUGAAGGCCCACUUCUGGGAGGUUGAGAGGAGGUUCGCUAAUGUGCGCACCAUGGCAGACUACGGGAAGAGCGUGGAGUGGCCGACCCCGCCUGCAGCACUGUCCCAGUUUCACAACAACACCGUCAUGCUGCACCGCAGGUGGUGGGCGAGGCAGAUCGUGAAGAACAUCCCCCCCUCUGACAUGCUGGAGGUCCGGGCCAAAGUAGCAACUCUGACUGCGCUGAGCGGAGAGAGGAAGGACUGUGGGUUCAGCAGAGCCUGGGAGAGGGACUACCUGGCCAACAUGCGAGACUGCCCUCAGACCAGCGCUGCCUUCAUCCGAGUUUCUAAGGAGCUGAGGAACAGAGACGAGUACAACCAGGUCCUCUUCUCUGGCUUCUGUCGGAAGGUGAAUAGAUUCAACAAAAGCACAGACCGAGGACUGCUCAUCACAGACAAGUGCGUGUACAAAUUAGAGCCGAAGAAGCAGUUCAAGGUUCUGAAGAGGCUUCCCUUAGACACUUUAACAGGGCUGAGUGUGACCAGCGGGGCGGACCAGAUGGUGGCGCUGCACACAACCUCCCAGGAUGACGUCCUGCUGUGUCUGCAGCGAGGGGAGCUGUGCACCAACCAGGACCGAGUGGGGGAGCUGGUGGGAGCGAUGGUGGACCAUUUCACACGUAUAAGAAAAGUCCCAUUUCCAGUGAAAGUUUGUCCCUUAGCCGUGCAGCUUCACAUGCGGGGAAAACCAAAGAGCGUCACAGUGGAAAGCAAACCGGGACAGAACAACGCAGAUUUCAAGAAGAGCCGAGAUGGUUUCACCCUGUUCGUCCCCACUAACUAACAAAAGUCUGACCCCAGGAUCUGGAUGGUCUGCAUUUGAGGAACUGGUUCAAGUUCACACUCUCAAGAUUGUUUUUUUUUUAAAUAAUUUUUUGGGCAACCAGUGCCUUUAUAUAGAGACAGAUGAGAAAUGGGGAGACAGAGGGGAUGACGCGCAGCAUCCCCUCUAAAGGGUCUCAGUCUGGAUUCGAACCUGGGUCCACCGCAUUGGGGUCAAACCCCAGUAUAUGGCUGCCAGCUCUACCCACUGAGCUAUAUGACGCCUCUAGAUUGUUUUAAUAUCUUUCAAAAGUAUUAACGGCUGAGUCUACUUUCUUAACUGAAGCUGCAGGGGGGCAAUGUUCAGCAGACAAUAAUAUAAGUGUUAAAUAAAGAAAUUAGGAGAUUAUUAUAUUGUUAAGAGACUGCAAAGUUGCCUUACACAUGUAUGAUACUGUCUGCUUUUAUGUUUUAUAAGAUAUGUGAAGAUGAAAACAUAAACAAAUGCACUCUUUAAAUGACAAAUUGUACAUCACGAUGCAUAAAAAAAAUCAAGAGAAAACAUUCCAGGUCUAUUUUUGUACAUUUGAGUUCAAAUGAAAUGAAUAUUUUUUGUUGUGUCUUGUCUCAUGCUCUAAACUUAAGGCAAACUGAGACAAAUAUUUCAUGUCAGAAGUAAUGAGGAGAACAAAAAUAAAUUAUUCAAAAUAUA